CCCUUAUGGGUAGACACACGCCCGGGACCGUCCUUAGCGGCCGCAGGGCAUCAUGAAGCAGCUGCCAGUCUUGGAGCCUGGAGACAAGCCCAGGAAAGCCACUUGGUACACUUUGACUGCUCCUGGAGACAGACCCUGCCCUCGAGUUGGCCACAGCUGCUCAUAUUUACCCCCAGUUGGUGAUGCCAAGAGAGGAAAAGUCUUCAUUGUUGGGGGAGCAAAUCCAAACCAAAGCUUCUCAGAUGUACACAUCAUGGAUUUGGGAACACACCAGUGGGACUCAGCCACCAGGGAGGGCCUCUUGCCCCGGUAUGAGCAUGCCAGCUUCAUUCCCUUCUGCACUCCUCACAGCAUCUGGGUGUUUGGAGGUGCUGACCAGUCAGGAAAUAGAAAUUGUCUACAAGUCUUGAAUCCAGAAACUAGGACUUGGAGCACACCGGAAGUGACCAGCCCUCCACCAUCCCCAAGAACAUUUCACACAUCAUCGGCAGCCAUUGGAAACCAGUUAUAUGUCUUUGGGGGAGGAGAGAGAGGUGCCCAGCCUGUGCAGGAUGUGAAGCUGCAUGUAUUUGACGCAAACACUCUGACCUGGUCCCAAGCAGAGACGCUUGGAAAUCCUCCAUCUCCCCGACAUGGCCAUGUGAUGGUGGCAGCAGGGACAAAGCUCUUUAUUCAUGGAGGCUUGGCGGGGGACACAUUCUUUGAUGACCUCCAUUGCAUUGAUAUAAGUGACAUGAAAUGGCAGAAACUCAGUCCCACAGGGGCUGUGCCAGCAGGCUGUGCUGCCCACUCAGCCGUGGCUGUGGGAAAACAUGUGUAUGUUUUCGGAGGAAUGACUCCCACAGGAGCACUGGAUACAAUGUACCAAUAUCACACAGAAAAGCAGCACUGGACCUUACUUCAGUUUGAUGCUUUCCUACCUCCUGGACGACUGGACCACUCCAUGUGUGUCAUUCCAUGGCCGGUGACAUCCACCUCUGAGAAAGAAAACUCCAAUUGUGUGUCUCUGAACUGGGAAGCUGAGAAAGGCGAUGCUGCUGACAAGCGAGUGACCCAGGGUGGUGGGUCACAUGAGGAAAGUCCAACUGACAUAUUGCUCUGUUUUGUGUUUGGUGGGAUGAGUACAGAAGGAGAAAUCUAUGGUGAUUGUAUCGUGACUGUAGUUGACUAAUAAAACUCACAUUUUUUAUUACUUUUA